AUGGCCGCGUCGUUUGUGCGAGCCGCCGCGGGCAGGCACUCCCACUCCGCCAAAAGACUUUGCCUUCGAACCGUCUCACGACAAUCACCGCUCUUUUCUCGUUCCUCCCGCACGAUCUCGACGACAUCCAUCCGGAAUGGCAACGUAUUCGAAAACACCUCUCCAGACCCAGAGGCGCCGCUAGGCCCUCUGGGGAUGACCAUGAGUCCGACCGACGCCAGUUUCAGCAAACACGUCCCCGAGGCAGCGAGUUUGGGCGAGGACUACCAACCGAGGAAGAUCCGCCACUAUACCGUCAAUUUCGGACCUCAGCAUCCCGCCGCGCACGGAGUGUUGCGACUGAUUCUCGAACUGAACGGAGAAGAAAUCAUCCGAGCGGAUCCUCAUGUCGGAUUGCUGCACCGUGGAACAGAAAAACUGAUUGAAUACAAGACAUAUCUACAAGCUCUGCCAUACUUUGAUCGUUUCGACUAUGUCUCCAUGAUGACCAACGAGCAAGUGUAUUGUCUUGCAGUCGAGAAGCUCCUCAACAUUGAAAUCCCCGAACGAGCAAAGUGGAUUCGGACAAUGUUUGCGGAAAUCACCCGAAUUCUGAACCACUUGAUGUCCGUCCUUUCCCAUGCAAUGGAUGUUGGUGCUUUGACUCCUUUCCUGUGGGGAUUCGAGGAGCGAGAAAAGCUGAUGGAAUUCUAUGAGCGAGUCUCCGGUGCACGACUUCACGCUGGAUACGUCCGUCCCGGCGGUGUCAAGGCAGACCUGCCAUUGGGUCUAUUGGACGACAUCUACGCCUGGGCCACGCAAUUCGGCGACCGGAUCGAUGAAACAGAGGAACUCCUCACCGACAACAGAAUCUGGAUCGGAAGAACCAAAGGCGUCGGUGUCGUUUCUGCUGCCGAUGCCCUCAACUACGGCUUCUCCGGUGUCAUGCUUCGCGGCUCCGGUGUCCCCUGGGAUAUUCGGAAGAGCCAGCCGUACGAGGUUUAUGACAAGGUCGAGUUCGACGUCCCCGUCGGUCAGAACGGUGACUGUUACGACCGUUACCUCUGUCGUAUGGAGGAGUUCCGUCAGUCGCUGCGCAUCAUUCAUCAAUGCUUGGACAAGAUGCCCCCCGGCCCCGUCAAGGUCGAAGACUACAAGAUCGCCCCGCCUCCUCGUGCUGCCAUGAAGGAGAACAUGGAGGCCCUUAUCCACCACUUCUUGCUUUUCACAAAGGGCUAUACCGUGCCCCCGGGCGACACCUACACUGCCAUUGAAGCCCCCAAGGGAGAGAUGGGUGUUUACCUCGUCAGUGAUGGAAGUGAACGUCCUUAUCGGUGCAAAGUUCGCGCUCCUGGCUUCGCUCAUCUCAGCUGUUUCGACCAGAUUAGCCGUGGUCAUCUUCUCGCCGAUGCGGUCGCCAUAAUUGGCACAAUGGAUCUUGUAUUUGGCGAGGUCGACAGGUGA